CCUUGGGUCUCGCCCUCCUGGUCUGUUGAGUGGCCUCCAAAGUGGGCUCCCGGCCUCCCGGAAGCCCCGAGACCCCGGUUUCCCACAGUCUAGUCCUCAGCCCGACCUGCAAAGCCCCCCGCACUGCCCCCACACCCACCGUGUACGAGGCCUUGCAGCGGGGCUUUGGCCCUGCCGCCAGGUCACCUUGGCUUGUGGUUCAAGCCAGCCAAGGUCCUCCAAGAAGUGUUCCCGGCACGUCCUGUCCCAGCCUGGGGGCAAUGUCCCCAUGACCCUGAAGGCGGUCCCCACACUGCUGACCGGGCCUGGCCGCUCUCUGGCUCCCCACGCCUCCUCUGGGCCAUGAGCACGUUGGAGCAGGACUCACCAUGGUCCUCCCACUGGGUUGCCGUACUUAGCCCAGCACCCAGCACAGGGCACCUCCAGCGUCCGAGUGUGUGUGUGUGUAAGUGGUGUGUGCAUGGUCUUGUGGGUGUGUAAAUGCCUGUGGUUGUCAGUAUGUGAGCACGUAGGUAGUGUCUGUGAAUGUGUGAGCGGUUGGUGAUUGUGGGGUUCUGUGUGUGGAGUGAACUGGGGUGAAGGGAGGGGACGCUGAGAGCUUCAUUUCCACGCUGCCCCCUCCCCCUGCACAUGGUCCCUCUGAUCACUGCGACCUCCCUACAGCGCUGGGCAAGUGCCAGUAACAAACUCGGGAGGCGAAAACCACUUGGGAGGAGGCAGGUAACGUGAUCAGGCACAGAUGUGUUCUGGGGCCAAGGCUGUGACCACACUACAGGGUGUGACCCAAUAUGACGGGUGGGUGGCAGGACCAAGUCCAGUGACCCCUGGCUUUUCCUCGGAGCCUGUAGCAGAGCUGGAGAGUCCGGCUGAAGGGGGGGCUUCAUCAUCUCUCCCCUACCCCGACCCCACUACCCUGGGUAGGCACCCGGAGAGACCAGGAGGGACAGGACUCUUGGGGUCAUCCCUGCACCUGACCUUGCCCGGCCCCUCCCUGCACCUCGGGCAGCACAGUCGCCCUGACAUGUUGACUCGGGGCAGAGGGCAAGGGCCGGUCUCGGCUCCCUUUAGAAAGCGGGGCCAGGCUGGAUGAGCUCCCCGAGUGUGGUGAGAGCACCCUUUCUGGCUGGUCCUAGGGCCCUGGUGUGGUGAGGGACACCCAUGUGCCAGAGGAGGCCAGGGGGCACGGAGGCAGCCAUGGGGCUGCUGACUGGGGAUACGCUGGGGUGCCUGGCCGGGGCCGUGGCCAUCUUCCUGCUCCUGGUGGACCUGAUGCACAGGCGCAGAUGCUGGCUGCCCCUGCGGGGCAACCUGCUGCAGAUGGACUUCCAGAACACACUCUGCUACUUUGGCCAGCUGCGGCGCGGCUUCGGGAACGUGUUCAGCCUGCAGCUGGUCUGGACGCCCGUGGUCGUGCUCAGUGGCCUGGACGCCGUGCGCGAGGCACUGGUGUACCACAGCGAGGACACAGCCCACCGGCCGCCUAUGCGGGUCUGUGAGCCCCCGGGUUUCCGGCCGCCCUCCCAAGGCAAGCGGAGGAUGGGGGCAGACCGAGGCCUGGCCGGGACUGGGCCAGCAUGGCGCGAGCCGCGGCGCUUCUCCGUGUCCACCCUGCGCAACUUCGGCCCGGGCAAGAAGUCACUGGAGCAGUGGGCGACCGAGGAGGCCUCGGGCCUCUGUGAAGCCUUCGCCGACCAUGCUGGUGGGACCUUCAGCCCCGGCGCCCGCGUGGAUAAAGCGGUGAGCAACGUGAUCUCCGCCCUCACCUACGGGCGCCGCUUCGAGUACGACGACGGCCCCUUCCUCCAGCUGCUGGAACGACUGCAGGCGGGAGUGGAGGAGGACCAGGGCUUCCUGCGCGAGGUCCCCCAUCUGUGGUCCACGCACAUCCUGAACGCCAUCCCCAUGCUCUUGCGCAUCCCGGGACUGGCCAACAAGGUCUUCUCAGCACAGAAGACCCUCAUGAUCCUAAUAGAUGAGCUAAUACAGGAACACAGGAUGACCCGGGACCCAACCCAGCCACCCUGAGACCUGACUGAUGCCUUCCUGGAUGAGGUGGAAAAGGCCAAGGGGAGCCCCGAGAGCAGCUUCAAUGAUGAGAACCCGGGCAUGGUGACAUCUGACCUUUUCGCUGCUGGGAUGGUGUCCACCUCAGUCACGCUGACCUGGGCCCUCCUGCUCAUGAUCCUGCACCCGGACGUGCAGUGAUGUGUCCAACAGGAGAUAGAUGAGGUGAUAGGGCGGGUGCAGGGACCAGAGAUGGGGGACCAGACCCACAUGCCCUUCACCAUGGCCGUGGUCCAUGAGGUGCAGCGUUUUGGGGACAUCAUCCCACUGGGCUUGCUUCAUAUGACGUCCCGAGACCCUGAAGUGCAGGGCUUCCCCGUCCCCAAGGGGACAAGACUUAUCACCCACCUAUCGUCAGUGCUGAAGGACGAGAAGGUCUGGAAGAAGGCCUUCCGUUUCCACCCCGAGCACUUCCUGGAUGCCCAGGGCCGAUUCGUCAAGCAGGAGGCCUUCGUGCCCUUCUCCGCAGGCCGCCGCAUCUGCCUCGGGGAGCCCCUGGCCCGCAUGGAGCUCUUCCUCUUCUUCACCUGCCUCCUGCCGCUUAGCUUCUCCGUGCCUACCGGACAGCCCCGGCCCAGCGACCACAGGGUCUUCUCCUUCCUGGUGACCCGAGCCCCCUCCCAGCUCCGUGCUGUGCCUCGCUAGAGGGAGGAAGCAUCCCCCUGCCCCACCAGCUCCUCAGCAGGGGCCUGAUGGGCCAGUAAACCAGUUGGGUGGCUCCAUCCUGGCUUCUGAGUCCCCUCAGGGCCCCCUGAGCAGCCCCUGCCGUGAUGGGGCCUUAGCAGCCUCCCCAGGGCCAGCCCCUACCCCUGCCUGAGCCAUCCUUACUUUGCAUUUGAUCCCAUUUGAGAGAUGGGGAGACAGCUUACCCCUAGUCACCCACAGGGACCCAGUACUGGCAACUUGGGUUAGUUACAAUGUCUGUACUUAGGUCCUGGCUCAUGGCAGGAAGAGCUAGAACAAGCUGCUGAGAGCUCUCAGCCGGACCCUGGUGAGGGGGGCAGGCCCCACUCAGCCUGGACACCCACAUCUCAGGUCCAACGCCACCCACCCCACCCCACCCCACCCCACGGGCCAGCAGCUCCGCCAGCACCACCAGCUCUUCUGUCCCACUGCAUCUACGACUCCCCCAAAGGUGGGGACUUCAGGGAUGGCCAUGAGGGGAUGUGCCAGGUUAACACCCAGGGCUCAGUCCACAGGUGCCAGAACUUUCCCUGGGAAGCCUUUGGCAGUCCAGGAGUGAGCCACCUCCCUAAGUCAGUCACCCCAAGCUAGGUGGGACCCCUUUCCCAGCCCCUCAGGGAUGCCUGUGUCCAGGCGCCUGCCUAGAAGUUGCCACUCACAGCCAGGCUAGAGUAGGAGGAGGCCACUCAUCAGGGCUCCAACCUAGGGCACAGUCCUCUGAGUGGCUGGGUCAAGCUGGGCUCUAGGAGACUUGACCAGGGGAAGGCAGUGAGACCUGUGGGCCCCAGGUUACCCUCGGGACAGGGGCCAGCCUUGGACCCAUGUGACAGUGGAAUGGCCAGAGGAGGCGGCGGCCACGUGGAGACUUUGGAGGAGGACACCCUGGCUUUCACCCUUGCUCUGCCGGGAUACUGUGUGACCCUGGGCCGGUUCCUCCCUGCCCUGGGCUUCUGUUUCCCCCUCAGCCAGUGAGAUGGUUGCACCAGAUGGCUGCUGGGGCCGGCGGUCCUGCUCUGACUUCUGGGGCCGUGACCCUGUUAGCCUGGAGCCCUGGCCGAGAGCAGGACCGCUGUCCUCCCCUGUGCCCACGCCCACAAUUGGCUGGUUCUGGACUGAGCAGCUGGGCAGCACCCCCUUAGCCAGGUCUUGGACAGACCCCCUGGUGCAUUUAAGGAACAGUAUGGGGACCAGAGACAGGUCAGAGGCGCCUCACUCCCCCAGGUCUCUUUUGCCAGAGGACACCCCUCCAGCCCAGACCCAAGAGCAUCCCUGACAGAGGUCCCACCAGCACCUUCUAAAUGCGCUCACAACAUGGAGCUCCCCAGCUCUCCGCAUUCGGGGAACUCGCUCUGCCCCUCAGCAUGGGGUGGGGGGGCCUCUCCAGAGUACCAGCUGCUGUGGCGGGGCUCAGGCGCAGCUUGUCAGGGCAGGGAGUGUGGACGGGGCCCCCCUGAGUUUCGACGAAGCCCCUGAAAGGAAGCAGCUGGGUCUGCAGAAGCAGCAAGUCUCUGGGUUUAUUGGCUCUUCGGUCAUUCGUGCUUCUGCGUCUUUGGGAUGUCAGCGGCUGGGACCCAGUGCAGCCAGAGCUUCCUCAGGAGCCGGGGGACCCAGCCCCCAGGCCUCUCGUCCUUGCUCCCCACCGCAGAGGCCUCUGCAAAGCACAGACAGGCAAGCCCUGCGGGUCCCUUGCAGGGAGGACCCUUCCCCAGGGCGGGGGGGAACAGGCCGGCGCUGACCAAACGCUCGCCUCAAGGGUCUGCCGACCAGGAAGGAAGCAGGAGGCGGCGGAGACAUUCGGGGAGGACGGGGCGCCUGGCUACCUGGGCUCCUUCCCCCCGCCCCCCGGCCCAGGGCCCGCGAGAGGCUGCGCCAUCCGUAAGCCCCCCAGGGGCGGGCUGUGCUGUCUUACCAGAAGGGUGUACCGCCACCUCCUUUUGGACCUUCGUGUUCUCCUGGGAAGAAAGACGGGGCACGGUGGUGACACACGACAGUCACAUUACCCAGACGGGCAGGCGGCGGUGGCGGGCGGGGGAGGCAGGGUCCGGCCCACUCUCCACCCCACAGGGCUCCUUGCGCCACCGGGACAGCAGUUUGGCCCAGUGUCCUUGCGGGUGCCCCAUGCCCCCCAACACUGCCCUCCUCCCCCCGCAGUGCUCUGGGGCUUCCCAGUAGCACUGGGAACCCUAGAGGUGCUGGGGAUGAUCCUCACCUCCCAGCCUGGGGUCCCUGCCGCCUCUUCCUCAGCCACCUCCUUCACAGCGGGGCCGGCGGCUUCCGCCCCUGGGGGCCUCACCUCCCCCUCCUGCUGAGACUGGAGCUCAGUCUCCUCCUUGGGGGCAACACCGCUCAGUCCUCCCGUUGCCUUGGGGGCCAUGGCCUGCAGGGAGGGGCGGGAGGGCGGACGUGGGCAGAAAGGCCCGCAGAGCCCUCAUCCUCCUGGCCCGUCUCCACACCUGCACUGUGUAUCGUUCUUCAUUUUCCCAAGGAAGGCCUUCCCUUCUCAGCGAGUUGCAAGUUUCCCGGGGGAGGGAGGGGAAGGGGGGGGCCCUGCCACCAUCCCUGGGACUCCCCUGCCACGAGCUGGGCUGUCUCUGCGUCACAUGGAGCUCUGACAGAAGCGAGCCUCACUUACCUUGGCUUGCUUCUUCUCGAUCUUGACUCUGCGUCUCUACAGAGGGAAAUAGAAGUGACUUCCAGCUGGGAGGGGCCGUCCUCUGUACCUGCCCAGGGUGCCCACUCCAGGGGAAGUGGGGUCCCCAGCCCUUACCUACCUGAGUGGUCACAGGGUAGCACUUAUCCAUUGGCCCCCACACCGGCCUCAAGGUCUCCCCUAUGAGCUGCACGACAAGGAGAGAGCGGAGGGAGGGAAGGCUGAGGUGACACACUAAUUCACUAAUUCACUGUCAGGGCCUGCAUACACAGACACCUAAGAACUACCUGUCUUGAGAAAGCUAAAACCUGGCAUUUGUGAAACAAGAAUAAAACAGAAUAUGUUGAGAAAACCUCUUAAUUCUUGAAAACAAAAAUAUGAUAGAAUAAUGGGAAUGAGAAAUCCAAUCGAAGUGUAGGAGGUAAAGUUAAAAAAAAUUUUUCCCAGAAAGAACAGAGAGAAGAGAUCAGGAGCUCCCACAGAUAACUCAUAGAUCUUUCUGAGACAGGGAACAGACAACAGACUGAGGUGGCAGGGAGAGAUACCAGAUAAAUACGGCCCUGUUUUAUCAAGACAUGAUAAGGGACAUGAGUUUGCAGAAGAGAAGGAGUCACCAAGUGUCCAGGACAAUGGAUGAUAGAGAUUCACCCCAGAUUUUGUCAUCAGUAAAUCUCAAAACACUGAGGACAAGGAACCCAAAAACUUCCAGAAAUACAAAGAAAAAAUUCUGUUCUAGGAAUUCAACUUUCCUCCGACUUUUCUUUGAAAGUCUUUGAAGCCAGAAGACAAUGAGGAUCUUCAAAAUCUAUGAGAAAAAUAUUUCUAGUCUAGAAUUCUAUACCUACCCAAACUCUUAGUCGAAUAUGAAUUAAGACUGUUUCAGACAUGGAAUAUCUCAAGACUACCCUCGGGAAGCAGAGGUUCCCCUAGAGGUUGUGUUCCAUCAAAAUAAAGGAGUGACAGGGGCUCCCCAGAGCGACGAGAAAGGGAGGUCCCAGGACAGCUGAGCAGCGAACCUCGAGGACAUCCUGUCCAUGUGGGGACAGCAGGAGGGAGGGCUCCCUGAGACAUGGCUCUGCAAAAACCAUCAGAUAAAGCACCUAAUUUGUCUAAAUGUACUGCAAGGAGAUUGGUAUUUUUUGGCAGAGAGCCUGGGUAAAUUAAUUGUAGGUAAAGAGAAAGCUAAGAGAAAAGAGGCAAAACCAAAAUCACAUGCCAAUAGUAACCAGGUACACGAGGUGACUCAGCUAAGAAUACUGUUCUCAGUUUCCAAAUGUAAGCCCUCCACACUGGUCUAACAGAAACUAUGACAGACAUGCCCCGCAUGGCCAAAACCAAUGGCCAGCGCAGGAGCCGAUGUGGAACCACUGGAAGCUCGCCUUCGCCACUCGGAAAGUCACAGUCUCCGACCAAACUACAUGGACGCCGACCACAUGACCCACCAGCCCUGCUGCCGGUGGUGACCAAAGGGAAAGGAAAACCUAUGUUGACACAAAACUUAUACAUGAAUAUUUAUAGUGGGAUUUUUU